AUGAUGCACUUUCAGCUGGUUCAGAUCUUUAGAAGUGAGAUUAAAGCGCCACAUGUACGCGCCCCCCCCCCCCCCUCUGCGCCCCCCCCCGCCCCCCCCGCCCCCCCCCUGCUCCGGCCCAUCCCGCGGCCCCGGAAGUACCCCGGCCGGCCGGGCCGGACCCCGGUCCACCAGAGGCCGUUCCCCUGCCCCGCGGCCGGCUGCGACCGGCGCUUCUCGCGCUCGGACGAGCUGAGCCGGCACCUGCGCGUGCACACGGGCCACAAGCCCUUCCAGUGCCGCGUGUGCGCGCGCAGCUUCAGCCGCAGCGACCACCUGGCCACGCACCUGCGCACGCACACCGGGGAGAAGCCCUUCGGCUGCCAGCAGUGCGCCCGCAGGUUCGCCCGCAGCGACGAGCGGAGGAGGCACCUGAAGGGGACUUCCUGUCCGGAAGGCUUCACCGGGAGGUUCUCCGUGGACUCUGGGAGUCAGUGGACUGUCUGUGGACUAUUGGGGACGUGGCCCGACGUCAGCCACAUGUACGCGCCCCCCCACCCCCCGCAGCACCCCCCCGCGGCCCCGUCCUCCCCCUGCCGCGGGGACGCCUACCAGGGCCAGGGGGGGGCGGCCGGGGGGUACCUGUCCUUCCCCCCCGCGCAGCUCUCCCUGCUGCCGGAGUACGGAGGCUUCUACCCGCCGGGCUGCGGGGGGGAGUACCCCGGCCGGCCGGGCCGGACCCCGGUCCACCAGAGGCCGUUCCCCUGCCCCGCGGCCGGCUGCGACCGGCGCUUCUCGCGCUCGGACGAGCUGAGCCGGCACCUGCGCGUGCACACGGGCCACAAGCCCUUCCAGUGCCGCGUGUGCGCGCGCAGCUUCAGCCGCAGCGACCACCUGGCCACGCACCUGCGCACGCACACCGGGGAGAAGCCCUUCGGCUGCCAGCAGUGCGCCCGCAGGUUCGCCCGCAGCGACGAGCGGAGGAGGCACCUGAAGCUCCUGUCCUCCCCCUAUCCUAUCUCCUCCUCCUGGUCUUCCCCCUUCUCCUCCUCCUUCUCCUCCACCUCCUCCCCUCUCCUGACCUCCUCCAGCUCAUCCCAGAAGCCAUAG